CAGGCUUUGCAGGCGGUCGAGGAGCCGUCCAGUCGCGGUCUGGCAUUUGGCAGACGCAUUUUGGCGCUGGUUUAUUCUGCCGCCACGCUUGAGAUCCGACGGGCGAACAAAUCUGCAGAAAUGAAGUCCCAACCACUUGGCCUCGGCGCCUGAGAAAGCCGUGUCAGGCAUGGCUUCGGAAGGACCGCCGCCUCAGCGAGCCGAGCGGUACGAGCUGCACGGUGGCCGCGAGUACGACCGUAGUUACGGCAGCAUCAACUCUUCAGCGGACGGAACCGAACGGCGGCGCCAACCAAGCCAUUCCGUUGAGGAGUCUGAGUUUGGCGAUGACGACCGGAGCCCCCAAGAGCACGCGAAAAUCCUCGUGCAGGAUGAGGAGGAGGAGGACGAAUCGGACAUCGACGGUCCUCCGGAGGACAUCUGCGUGCCAUCCACGUCCGGCCCAACACCUGACCAGGCCACCUACUUCAAGGACGGGCAGCGCAAAAUCGACUUCAUGCUUGUGUUCGAGGAGAGUGCGAUGGCCAGAGCGGCCGCCAUGGCGGCCGGGGCGGCCAGCGUGCCCAUCAGCGGCGGUGGCCGUCGCUCGGGCAAACACGAAACUUGGCGCCAACGCUUCAUGGCUAACUUGAAGAGGGUCGGCCUAGAUAUGGAGGAGGAGGUUGUGGAGGCGAGCGGUCGGAAGGUGCUGUGCUUCAUCAAGCUACACGCCCCGUGGCCCGUGUUGUGCCACUACGCCGAGGAACUCAACAUGCGAGCGCCCCUGCAGCAGAAACGGUCCAAUACGUCCGAGGAGGCCCACCCCAAUCCGUCGGUCAACUGGUCGCAGCAGCUGCUGAAAAUUCUGCGGCUGCCCAACAUCAUGUACGAAGACGUGCCCAACAAGCCUCUCGACUACUACACGUGUCCCUUCAGAAAGUCCAAAAUCGAAAAAUUCCUAGGCCAUGCCAACCGUGCCUCUUACUUCACAAACGUGCAGAGGAGCCGCAUUCUCUUUGAAAUUCUCAGCACGGCUGUUUUCGGCAAGAAGAAAAAGGGUGAGGUCGGCGUCGAUCGGCUUGUCGAAGAAGGUGUUUUUUCAGCUGCUUUUCCAUUACAUGACGGACCUUACGAAAUAAAAAACAGGGCGACCGAGCUAAAAGAUCCGUCUAAAUUAAACGCACGCCAAGUGCUUUACGAGUACUGGGCGCGAUGGGGAAAGUGGUACAAGUAUCAGCCUCUGGACCACAUUAGAGAGUACUUUGGGGAAAAGAUCGCCAUCUACUUUGCGUGGCUUGGUUUUUACACUGGCUGGCUGCUUCCGGCGGCCAUCGUUGGUCUUCUGGUGUUCAUGUACGGCGUCUUCACCAUUCACCUUAGCCAGCCAGCCAUCGAGGUUUGCGACAGCCAGGGUCAGUUCCGCAUGUGUCCUUUGUGCGACGAGAACAUUGGCUGCAAAUUCUGGGACUUGAGUGACGUGUGCGGCUACGCAAGACUCGCAUAUCUUUUUGACCAUCCAGGCACCGUCUUUUACGCCGUCUUCGUCUCCUUUUGGGCUGUUACAUUCUUGGAGUACUGGAAGCGCAAGUCGGCCAGUUUGUCUCACCACUGGGACUGCAUGGGUUUCCAAGAGGAAGAGGAGCGGCCCAGACCGGAGUUCGCUGCUCGAGCUCCAUUUCUAGAAAAAAAUCCAGUCACUGGAAUCCGCGAGCCGUCUUUUCCCAGUUCGCUGCGCACAAAACGAAUCGCCGCCGGAAUCGGAAUAAUUUUUUUAAUGAUGAGCCUGGUGGUAAUUUUCAUUGUGGCCGUCAUCAUUUACCGCGUUCUGGUGUCCAUCCCUCUUUUCCAAAAUGAAACUUUCCGCUCUCAAGCACAAGCAAUCGCCAAUGUGACCGGCGCCGUCGUCAACUUGAUCCUCAUCAUGGCCAUGAGUCGCGUCUACGAGAAACUCGCUUACCGCCUCACUACGUGGGAAAUGCAUCGCACACAGACCGAGUUCGACGACAACCUAACCUUCAAGGUGUUUAUUUUCCAAUUUGUCAACUUCUACUCUUCCAUUUUCUACAUUGCCUUCUUCAAGGGUCGCUUUGUUGGCUACCCCGGCAGCUACUCGCACAUCAUGCGCCUUCGCAAUGAAGACUGUAGUGCCGGUGGGUGUUUGAUAGAGUUGGCGCAGCAGUUGGCCGUUAUCAUGAUUGGAAAGCAAAUUAUUAACAACGCGCAGGAGAUCAUCGUUCCCAAACUCAAAGCCUGGUGGAUGAACAAAAGGGUGAAAAUUUCCAAGAAGCACAAAAAUAGGUGGGACGAAGACUUCCAGCUUAUCACAAAUGAGGGCCUCUUUCAAGAAUAUCUUGAAAUGGUUUUGCAAUUUGGCUUUAUUACAAUUUUUGUCGCCGCGUUUCCUCUGGCGCCGCUUUUUGCAUUGUUGAACAAUUGGGUUGAAAUACGUCUGGAUGCACAAAAAUUUGUCUGUGAAACAAGACGGACGGUGGCCGAGAGGGCAGAAAAUAUUGGAAUUUGGUGCAAAAUUCUGCACAUGCUCGCGCAUCUUGCCGUCAUCAGUAAUGGCUUCCUUAUCGCCUUCACAUCCGAGUUUCUACCAAAACUAAUGUACCAGUACGAGUACGACUGGGAUUUAAAAGGCUACAUUAACUUCACUCUAGCCCUGUCUCCCAAUGGCACCCUUUCGAAACCUUGCCGAUACCGCGGCUUUCGUGACGAGUAUGGAAACCAUACGCCCUUUUUCUGGCGCCUGCUUGCUGUCAGAUUUGCCUUCGUCAUUGUCUUCGAGCACGUAGUUUUCGGCAUUUGCCGACUGAUAGACAUCCUUGUACCUGACAUCCCUGAAAGCCUAGAGCUAAAAAUCAAAAGGGAGCGCUACCUAGCCAAGCAGGCUCUGCAGGAGUCUGAUAAUAUUUUAAAGGUGGCUGCUUUCAAGGGCGAGACGGAUGAUGACGAAGGGUUAAUCUCGAACGGUGGAAUGGCCCUUGACCUGACCUCUGACCUUGGUGAACGCAGCACCGACGACACCUUCUCAGCGCCAACGUCAGUUUUGGUGCACUCGCAGUCCGAAGAGGCGGCGCCCCCACCGGCGCCUAAAACCAACGAGAAAGCUGACCAACCGGUCACAUGACAACAGUUGACCUCGAAGAAGUCGAGGUCACCAAUUCCGCCACCUGUGCCUCCGAGGUCCAAGGUACAGGUGCCUGCGCACAAACGGACCUCUUUGAGCGUCCAGCAGGUUGGUUCUCGUCAGGUGACGACGACCAAGGGCCGCACCAACCUCUAGCAGCGGCGUCUCCAGUUUCGGCUGGACCGAAAUAGUGCCGAACCUUUAUGUGAUUAGUUAGUGAGACUCAAAAGUGAUUGAAAAUUAUUUUGAUACGUCCAGGCCAAUUAAUGCGUUACCUGGUGCAAACAUUUCCAAAUCUCAGUUUUAAUGAAAAAAGAAUUUUGCAGUGUAUGCUGUAAAAUUCAAGCGUCUGCUAAAGCAAAAUUGUGAGAAAAAAAAACAAUAACAACAAUAACGCCGAAAAAAAAUUCUUAAGAUCUCUUAAUGAACUCUUAUAUAUUAGUAGCAUUUGCUGUAAAUUCUCUUUCAAUGGUAGACAAAAUACAAACAUUUCUAUCCUAUGGAUUCUCAUGCGUAUUUAACACUGCAUUGUGCAAAACUGCUUUUUCUUCUAUGCGUGAACUUUUCCACUUUCAAUAUACAUAUAUUGUAUUGUAUAGCCCUACUAUCUGUAAUAACUGAUCUUACUAUUACAAAAAAAAUUAAUGCCUUGUGAGCCUUGGCAAAAGAGAUUGUACAAAUCUGCAGGCACAAUAAAUUUUUUUAA